CUCACACGGACUAGACGAGAAGAGCACCGUCAAACAGUCGGGAAACGGAUAUGAAGUCUCUCCACCGCGUUAGGUAUUCUGGGGUGCAAUGGACGACAGCAACGCAGUGAAGCUCUUUGUUGGAAAUCUGGAUUUGGAAACCACACAAGAUGACCUAAUAGCGCUUUUUGCCCCUUAUGGAGAAGUGGUGCACAUAACUGUACUGAGGCAGUUUGCCUUUGUCCAUCUGCAGGGAGAAGGGGCUGCUGACAGUGCCAUCCGUGAUCUGAAUGGUCGAGAGUACCGUGGUCGGAGCCUUGUAGUUGAGGAAUCCAAAGGGAGGCCCCUCAAUUCCACCAAAGUAUUUGUGGGUAACCUGUGCGCUUCCUGUACAGUUGAAGACCUGUAUGAUCUCUUCUCGGCUUACGGCAAAGUUCUCGAUUGUGAUAAAGUAAAGACAAAGCCCUCCUCGUUAACAGGCUACGCCUUUGUGCACAUGGAGCGCAAAGAGGAUGCAGAACAAGCCAUUGAAGGUCUUCACGGGACCUCGUUUAUGGGCCGUCCGCUUGCAGUGGAGCUCUCAAAGGUACAGCAGACCACAAACAAAGUCCCGUGCGCCAGCUGCGGUGCACACGGCCACUUUGCGGGAGAGUGUCCGAUCAACAGGCCUUCAAUGGAGCACCAUCAGAGCCAGGCCGCUGUCUUGGCUGCGGCUGCCGCCGCUGCUGCCGGACUUCCCCUUCAGGUGCAGCAGAGUGUCCACAACUCAUUCUACAACACUGCGAGCACUGACCCCACGUUUGCAGCUCUGAAAGACUUGACCACUUCCAGGGUUGAUGGCAAACCUGUCAGCGCAGCAGUCUACGGUGCCCUGGCGAGUCAGGUCUACAGCUCUGUCGCAGACCAGGUGCUGAACACAAUGGCAAGCCCAGCCACAGACGGCUACCCCACAGAAGUAGAGGCGCCGCCAGGCGCCGCCGUCGUUAACCCUGCUUAUGGAGCAAAUUCCUCUAUGUAUGGUGCCAGUCCAGCUUAUGGGACCAUGGGAGGCACAGAGGCUGACCCACAAGCCAUCUUCGAAGCCGCUCGGGCCCGGUUCUUUGAGCAGGGACAACAAGUGCUGGCCGAACAGCAGGCAGUGACCAAAUCUGACCGAGAUCGAAGUCCGAUACGGCGUGCUGCUCCAUUACUGCCUGAUCCAGUUCCCCAGACGUUCUCCCAGACGAGACCCAAACGGCGGGCCCUACUCCCAACACCACCUGGUGGUCCAGAACUGCCUGCAGUAAAAAAUGGAGACCCAAUUGCAAGGUGCUAUGCCGAGUACUACCAACAGUACCAGCAGUACCAACAGUACCAACAAUACCAGCAGUACCAGCAAUAUCAGCAGUACCAAUACAGCUAUCCACCGCCACCACCCCUUCCGAUGCCCAUGAUGCCUCCAGGCCCAAUGGAUGCGCAACAGAUGGCCGCCCCAGGCACCACUGUUUCACCAAGAGUGUAUGAGCCAACUUCAACACACAAGGAGCCCCUCCUACGCCGUCCCGAUUACCCUCAGCAACACACAUCUGAGUCCCCAUAUCGAUAGCCCCCACCUCACAAGUGUGCACGCGUGUUUGUGGAAAUGUGUGCGUGUGUCAGUUUUGGUCCUACAUGACAAAAGAAACCGGAGGAAAGGGAAAAAAAUAAAACUAAUUAUUACUGCAACAUCAAACAUAUUGGAUAUUGUAGUUUCAGUUAUCUUUCCCCCUCAUAUUGUUAAAUAUCUCAUUAUGUACAGAAUGUAGACGUUUACAAGGCCAUGAAAGUUGAUUCUGAGCUCCUCUCAGUUUAACUGUUUUUUUUUUUUUUGUUAAUUUUUUCCCAAAUGUCUCAAUUACAUCAGCUGUCACUUUUAUAGAUAAAACGCUGUUUGGCCAGUAUGUUGGGUCAGACGUUUUUCGAAGUCAAAUGACUGUGCCUUGUGAAAAUAACCAUUUUUUGUGUGUGUACAGACUUUUGUAAAGCUAAGUACUUCAGAUCAGGUACAGUUUUAUUAAAUUCGUGGUUAAAAGGAGCGAGCAUCUUAAUCCAAAUCAUCAUCGGUGUAUUGCAUUUGGCUUGGACCGAUGUUAAAUUCGCAGUGACUAGGAAGACGGCGUAGUUUAGCUAGAAUGUACAGAGGACCUGUGUGAAUUUUGUGUGUGUGAGAGAAUGCGAACACAAUGUUAACAGUUCGGCUGAUCCCCUAGCUUAAACAUGAGCACCACAUACACAUCAGACCUAUUUCGUAUAUUCCUAUUUGAGUGAGGGAGGGCGUUUGGGCAUAUUAAAGUGAAUCAAUACCAAACAAAUCCACAAGCCUGUACUUAAAUGCUCCAACCACUGCCUCACUAGUGCAGAUGGUUACACCUGCCCAGUUCAUUAAAAUCAUCUGUCGGAAAAGAGAGGGUAAGAAUAGAUUGCAAAAGACUUGUCACUCGAGAAGCAUAUUCGUUGUUCUAAAUGUUUUCCAUUCGGAUACCUUUAUUGACUCUGAAUGGGUUCGAGAUGUCGUUGUUGCUAAAUAGCAAACAGAACUGGUUCUAUAGCCUGCCAGUAGCGAUUAUGCAUGUUUUGCAGGAUUUAAAGCGCAAACGACUGCCAUCUCUGGCUUCGCUUCCCUCUCUUACAUGGACAAAAUGCGUGGGAGUAUUGACGGGUGGAAACCCCUCAAAUGACCUUAAAAGAAUGAGAUUUUUACGUUCUUUUUGUUUCUUUUGAAAGUAGCCCCAUGCAAUUAUUAUUAUGUUUCUCUGACCAUUUCUUUUGUUCACAUUUACAUUUAUCAUAGUCUCUUUAUCCUUAGAGUCAUGUGAAUUGAUUUCAGGGGCUUUGGGGUGGAAACACUUACAUGUUUGGGGAUGGGGAGUGUCAAACCUGUUAGUUAAGGCAAUUGGUUCUAAAAGUGGAAAAAAAAAAAAAAAAAACAGUGCUUCAUACAAUUGUAUUUUUUUGUUCUUAAGGAAAAAAAUGUGUUGUCCCAGUUCAUGAGCAUUUUAGGCAAUUCAAUUAAACAUUCAUGUUAUGACAUUAUAAACUGAAAGUGUGUGAAUAAUUCAUCCAGGUUAAAGUCUAUGUAUAUACGGAAUCUACCCAAAAUUUCAUAGCAUCUUGAAUGGAUUUUCAAAGAUGAUUUGAGAGUUGGGUAGCUUCCCUUUAGAUAGCAUUCAGUGCAUAAUGAUUGAAAUUGGAAGGUAUGGUCCAGAAAAUGGUUUGUUUAAUCAUGUUAUGUAUGUCCUCUUUUCCUAGAAUGCCCCUCAGGCAGUCUUCAGUCUUUCAUUCCAAAGAAAUAUGGUGGGGUACACACACAAAUCUCACUUGGCACACGUAACCCAUAAUUUCACCACUCUACAUUCGACUUAAACUCUUUAUUUAAACCUCACAGGCAAACAUCCACUGUAGUGUUAAUGUUCUCAAUUUGAUGUAUGUUAGAAUUCAAAUGGAAAAAUGGUGGCGGUGUCGCUUUUUGCAGCACACCGGAGCUCCACACCAAUUAUUCUACACAGUAAAUGAUUUGAUCUGUUUUGUAUUAUUAUAAAUAGUGCAUGUUUCUUGUUAUUAUUACUGCUGUUCCAGCCACAUUUUCCCUUUUCGCUAACUACAGCUAUAAUGGCUCCCGGGCCUCAGGACGCCAAGUUGAGCAUGACGGGGGAAGAGAAUUAGCGCCCCACAAUGCCUCGGACGUGCUCCCCACUAAGGUAAAGCCAUUUGCCCCCAACCACGCCUGCACCUCGAUUAUACACUUCCCCAUAAUUCUAGCACAGCUGCUUAGAGAAGGCCAACAUCAGUUUACACUGACAAUACAAUGCUAUGUGGUUGGAUCAGUGCCUAUUGAGGGGGAAUUUUGUUUUCUUAACAGCCGGGAGCAGUAGAAUCAUCUUUUUCAGCUUCCCAAAAUGCUCAUGGUUUGGUAUUUGGAAUUAAAAGCUUUUCUACUUACUGGGUUAUUCAUAUUUAUAUACUGAUUCUUUUAACCCCAGAUUCUCAUGAUAAAUGGUUUUAGUGCCUUUGAGGUUUGUUUUAUCAUAGAAUGCUUUCAAGAUGAGCUGGAAAUGAAUUUCCAAGUGUUUUUUCAAACAAUUAGAGGGAAGAAUGGCUGACAUUUGCCUUGGCUUGUUCUCUGGCAUUUAGUCUUUUUGAAGCACUUCCAGUUGGCGAGAUGAGGCGCUCCAACUGUGCUUUGAGUACUUAAGAAGGGUGCAGAGAUGACCAAAAGUAGGGCAAUGGUGUUGUAGGUGAGUAACCAAUGCGUCCAGCUCACAUCCACCUCAGCUUUAUGCCUACUGCCACAGUUUCAGCCUCACAAGAUGACAGAUCAUAGAUCCCACUGAUUUUAGCUUGUAAGGCUUCAUCUGUUUUUCUGCCAAAUUUAGACUAUUGUAGGGAUUUUCUUUUUUCUCAGUUUUCUCAGGGUAAGCGUUGAGCAUGAUUUUGUCAAAAGUUUACAUACACCUUGCAGAAUUUGCAAAAUGUUAAUUGUUUUACAAAAAUAAGAUGGAUCAUAAUUUUUUUUUUUUUUUAUAUAAAAGUAUUGACCUGAAUAAAAUAUUUCACAUAAAAUGUUUACAUAUAGUCCACCAAAAAAAUUGUUGAAAUUAUAAAAACAACCCUAAUGUUUACAUGCACUUGAUUGUUAAUACUUUUUUGUCACCUAAAUGAUCCACAGCUUUUUUUUUUUUUGUUUGUUUGUUCAUUCAGUGAUAGUUGUUCAUGAGUUCCUUGUUUGUCCUGAACAGUUAAACUGCCCACUGUUCUUCAGAAAAAUUCUUUAGGUCCCACAAAUUCUUUGUUUUUUCAGCAUGUUUGUGUAUUUGAACCCUUUUCAACAAUGACUGUAUGAUUUUAAGAUCCAUCUUUUCACACUAAGGACAACUGAGGGACUCAUAUGCAACUAUUACAGAAGGUUCAGAAGAAAACAUGAUGUAUUAAGAGCUGGGGGGUAAAAACUUUUGGAAUUUAAAGAUCGGGGUGGAUUUAACUUAUUUUAUUUAACUUCUUCUGUAGCUUCUGAAGGGCAAUACUAAAUAGGGAAAAAAUUAUUUUGUUUAGACAAAAUAAGAAAAAUGUACACGUCUUCAUUCUGUUCAAAAGUUUUCACCCUACUGACUCUUAAUGCAUCGCUUUCCCUUCUAAAGCAUCA